AUGUCUGUCGUCGUCAGAUACCAGGAGGAUGAUACGAUGCCCAUGCUAGCGGGCGUGAUUUCCCAGCUCCUGAGGGCGGAAAACAUUCCGUGUGUCCUCUGGGGACCAGGAUAUAGAAGUCUCUUGGCAAUGGAAGACUCAAGCCACCCACACUACCGCGUUGACUUCGUGAUCGAAGACGAGAACAUGAACGGCGCAAUCCGCGCGCUCCGCAAGGCAGGAUUCAUAGAAGACGGUGUUGGCGCUACCUGUGCUAACUGUAUGCACGGGCCUGAAUUGGAGCCUGAAAUCAUUCACCAAGCCAUAGAGCUCGGGGAUUCCAAUUACUGCUUUCGUGCGAAUCCUCACCCCAUAACUCGCAGCGACUACCAAAGCGACCAUGAAUUCGCGGCCGCGCUGAAAACUCUGGAGCGGCGUAUAGGAUACACGCCCAGACCGUCGAUGUAUCCGCAUAUUGGCCUGUUUCUGAAAUCCCAGCACAUGUGGACCAUGCCGAGGUUUAAGCUUGACAUUCCGCGCGAGGACGACCAGUGUUUCAUGCUGGCCAGCGACAUUGCGUUCCCGGGGACGAAGCCGCUCCGCAGGCUCCGCUACAGCACGGCCUACGGGCCCGUGGUGACGGUGAACCCGGUUUGUUUUGUCAAAAUUCUCAUCCUAAGUGUCGUGCGUGGCGCGCACCUCACGGGCGAUGUCAAUUUCGAAGAAUCGAUUCCCAUCAAUCUGAUGAGAGUCGCAGACCGUGUGGGGCCGUAUUUCGAAAGAGACUCUCAUGACAUUUUGAACUAUGAUCGUUAUUCCAAGCGCCUUCGCGGGAUCUGGAUGCUCAUCAACUCGAUCGAAACCAAGGACAAGGGGAUGGCAGCGCAAUUCGGCAAGCCGGCGACAGAUGAUGAUGAGGACGCCUUAAGAAAGCGGAUCCUGCAGGUGGCCAAGGAGAUGGCAGAAGAUUUCGAUUUUCCAGAGACCCCGACCUCUUGGCGUUUUAAGCCUAGCCAGUAG